AUGGCUCGAACUAUCCUCUUGCACUUGCCGAGGACGCAAGUUCUCAGGCGCACACUGCCCUAUCUCGCGAACACCACAUGCUCUCCGUCGCGGUUUUUCCACCUAACAUCGGCCCAACAUACCGAUGGCGUGUUCAAAGAGCUCACCGAGAUGCGCGUCCGCAAGCCCUGGAUCGAGGCUCUACGGGAAAAGAGAGAAGCGGACAAGAAUCCUACGCCUGCUCAGGUUGAAACUGUCAAGCCAGAUGUGACUCCCAAAAAGAUGUCGGACAGCUAUACCAGCGUCGUUCUGCCUCUAGCUAAAGACCCGUGGAUGCUGGACACCUACGCCAACUCCCACGGACAGAUACGCACCGGCGCCUUGCUGAUGGACCUCGAUGCGUUAGCUGGAGUUGUGGCGUAUAGGCACACUGGCGAAGGCGUGGCCACGGUGACCGCCGCGGUAGACCGAAUCACGAUCAAAAACCCAAUCAGAGAAAUAUGCGAUUUGGAGCUGAGUGGUGAAGUUACUUUUGCGACUGGCAGAAGUAGCAUGGAGAUCACUCUACAGAUCGCAAAAGCCCCAGAAGAAGGUCACCAUGUUGGUACGGAAGAUGUUUUUAUGACUUGCGCUUUUACGAUGGUUGCCUUGGAUCCCAACACCAAAAAGCCAGUCAACAUCGCUCCGCUAGAGGUCACCACACACAAUGAGAAGGCUCUCUUCGCCAAAGGAGAGGAGAACUACAAGAGGAAGAAAACGAUGAAGUCUUCGCAUAUCCUUACCAAACCUCCGGAUGAGGAAGAAUCUGCUCUGAUCCAUAAAAUGUGGUCGGAAUCACUCGCCUACGCUGAUUCCAGCAAUCCUAAAAGCCAACCGAGCAACGUGACUGCAAUGUCCAAGACUCAAAUACACAGCACGCAGAUAAUGCAACCCCAGAUGCGCAACAGACACAACUUCAUGAUCUUCGGAGGCUUUCUUUUGAAGACCACAUUCGAACUUGCUUUCACUUGCGCAGCUUCAUUCUCGCACACACGACCACGGUUCAUUAACCUUGACCCCAGCACAUUCGAAGAGCCGGUCCCUGUGGGGUCAGUCCUCUAUGUCGCAGCAGGCGUGUCAUAUACGGAACCCGAUCCUAGCGGGGGCACGCGCAUCCAAGUCAUGGUUCGAACUCAUGUGCGCCCAGUCGAGCAUCAAAAUACUGAGAGGAAGUCCACCGGGACAUUUUUCUACACUUUCCUGUCACCAGACAACGUCAGCGUCCUACCUCAGACUUAUAGCGAAUUCAUGGGCUGGGUGGCUGGCAGAAGACGAGCUCAAAGUCUAGCUGCUACGCUGGCUGCAGAUCCACAUCCUCCACUUUCAGUGACCCAGGCCGAGCCACUGACAGAAUAA